AUGGCUCUGCAAGAUACAGCGUCAACUGCGGGGAUACUUGCGGAAUUGAACAAUAGAUUAACUUCAUAUGAGAGCACAAUACGUGAAUUAAGAUCAAAAAACAGAGAUUUUGUAAAUAGGUUAAGGGAUAGCCAACAAAUAAGAAAGGAUUUAUGCAUUAAAGUUAAUAGUUUGCAAAAUGACCUGGAAAAAAGAGAUAAAGAAUUGAAAACACAAAAAGAACAGAAUAAACAACUUAAAAAAAGAGUUACGAAUCUAAAUGAGCUAAACUCGAAUUACCAAAACAAAAUUGAGGAACUUAAAUCUGUAUGUGAAAAACUACGCAGCAAUGUAAAAAAUAUCGACUUAAAUAGCUCAGAAGAUCUCACUUCAUUUAAUACUGAAAACACAAAUACAGUAUGCAUAAAUAAUUUUAAUGAAAAAAGACAAUUUAAAAGUGCUAACGAUCAUAGUAACAAUCAUAAGAAUUUGGAAAACUUAGGCAAAAAUCUUACUUCAAACUCAACUGAACCAAAUGAAACUGCGAAUGGUAAUACCCAAUUAACAUUUCAAUCAAAUCAGAAUAAGUCGCUUUUAGUUAAGAAGGGCGACUUAAAAUUCUCAGUUGAAGAAAUUAAUGACUUAAAUAUGAAAUAUAUUCCAGUUCAUGAUGAUCCAAUUGAUAGAGCAAUUGCAACUUUUACAAAUAGUAGGGAAAACAAAAUUCUGUUCACUAGGGUAAAGCAAGGUACUUAUGUCUAUGGAAGGUUAAUGGUUGAAGCAAAACUCGUAACAAAACCAGGGGUUGACAAGAAUAAACCUUUGUUACGUAUCGUAUCUAGGGGGAAGCUAUAUACGCUCGCAGACUUUGUAAAUACACAUGAAAACGAAGAACUUAAUAAUAUUGAGGAUAGCAUCCGGAACCAAAACGGUAAUUUAGUUUCUGAUGGGCAAGCAUUGGUGGUAGCUUCUCCUAUUAAUAAAUUUAGAACGGCUCAGGUCUUAACUCCUUCACCAAUGAGAAUUACAACCUCUCCUUCCGUACAACAGAAUUCGUCAAAUUCAGGGCAACCAACUACAAAUAUUCAACAUUUUAUUCAAAGCCCAUUAUCAUAUACUUCUAACAGGAUUCCUAUUAUUGAUUCUAAGCAUACUCAAGGAGUUAAUUUGCAAAGUUACAUGGUUAAUUAUUCCAACAGCGCAAAUGAGAUAUUGUCAGCCCAUAACACAACCUCAAUUGUUACACCAACUUAUUACAAUAAUGUAAAUGGGAUGCGACAACUUAGCCCUGUCAAUCAUAAGAAUCCAUCAUUCAUGCAACUAUCACCGAUGGUUCCUCAACACCAGUUCCCCUAUUACCAACAUUUAAAUGAAAGUUCGAAUUUAAAUAAUCAAUUUAACCAAAAUUUAAGUUACCAUUCAAAAACCAAUACUUCAAUACUUGCGCCUCCACCAGUUGCAGAAUAUAUUCCAGUGACAACUCCUAUAAUUAUGGCAAGACAACCUAUAAAUACUUUAAAUUGCCCAAACAAUGCCUCUAACAUUUCGCAAGUUCCAGUUAUUCAAAAUAUUUCACAAAUGGGAACUAAGCCUAGUGAAUCCAAACCUCCAUCUGUAAAUAACAAAUUAGAGUGUUUUAUUCAAAAAGAAGAAAAGGAAGUAAAAGACUUAAAUAAUUCACUGUCUCUUUGUUCAGUUUCAAAAAUGUCUCAGCAGCCAAUACAGUUAUUAGAAAGUACCAAUAAGCAGAAUGCAAGUAUAAAGUGCGAUCAAAAUAAGAACAUUGACACUAGAAGUUCAAUAAAAGAGGUUGGUAAUGAUUCACACCUUGAAAAUGAUUUACUUUUAAAUAAAAAUAACUCAUUAAUUCAGAAAAAUCUUCUUAACCAGUCAUCAUCUCAAAUAAAAUCAGUAAGUGCGUCCACCAUUGGAGAGUGGUAUAGACAGGCUAGCAUUAUGAAAAGAUGUAAUAGUUAUAGCUGUGAAAAUUUUUCUGUCACAUCAAAUAAAAAUGCUUAG